ACAGUAUGACACGAAAGAAUAAGCUUAUUUUUCUCAUCUUUUAGGAACUCAACCCCUAUAAAAGGAGGUUGUUCUUUAUGGAAAUCCCACAACUCAAAUAUUACAACAACAUACUUACUAUAAGGUUCUCAUAUAUUCAUAAGGAAAAUGGCUCGAUCAUAUGUUGUGGGAUUAAUUGGGAUUUUCUUGGUAAUGGUUGUGGCAAUAGUAGAGGCUACUCCCCCUGGAAUAGCUGAUCAUCCAAGCCAUUCUCAUUGCUCUGACGAUGAGAUCAAACAGUGCAAAAAUCUUCCACAUGUUUGUCCCAAGUUCUGUCCCAAUGGCUGCAUAACUGAGUGUCGUUCUUGUAAGCCUAUUUGCAUUGAUGGUCCAUCACCAUCACCUCCAACUCCAACACCCGAUCACCCCCAUCCACCAAAAUCCCCAAAGAAGGUUAAGUGCAAGAGCAAGGACAAGAAACAUAGCAAAUGUUACAAUCAAGAACAUACAUGCCCUAGCACUUGCCCUGGUACUUGUAAAGUUGAUUGUGUCUCUUGCAAACCUGUUUGCAGUUGUGACAAGCCAGGAGCAGUUUGCCAAGAUCCACGUUUCAUUGGUUCUGAUGGAAUUACAUUCUACUUCCACGGCAAGAAGGACAAAGAUUUUUGCCUAGUCUCAGACUCUAACCUCCACAUCAAUGGUCACUUCAUAGGAAAACGAAACGAAAACAUGAAGAGAGACUUCACUUGGGUUCAAGCCAUUGGUAUCAUUUAUGGUACUCACAAGAUCUCAAUAGGAGCACAAAAGACAGCAACAUGGGAUGAUGCCGUCGACCGUCUUUACCUAAACUUUGAUGGUGAAACUAUCCUUCUCCCAGACAAUGAAGGCGCAAGGUGGGAGUCUGAAACUGGACCAAUGACUUCCAUUACUCGAACAAGUGACACCAAUGAAAUUAUAAUCGAAGUUGAAAACAUUUUGAAGAUUACAGCAAAGGUGGUGCCUAUUACAGAGGAAGAAUCGCGAAUUCAUAACUAUGGGAUAACACAAGACGAUUGUUUUGCUCAUCUUGAACUUGGAUUCAAAUUUUUGUCACUAAGUGAUGAAGUGAGUGGUGUUUUGGGCCAAACUUAUAGAAGAAAUUAUGUGAGCAGAGUGAAAAUGGGUGUUUUGAUGCCUGUAAUGGGAGGUGACAAAGAAUUUUCAGCUUCAGGACUAUUUAAUGCUGAUUGCUCUGUUACUAAGUUUCAAGCAGUAAAUAAGGGUUUGUUGAAUAAUUUGGAGCUGCCCAACUUGAAAUGUAGCAGCGGAAUGUCUGGACGUGGAGUUGUCUGCAAACGCUAGAAUUUCUUGUUUAAACAUUGAUUGUGUUAGAAAUUUAAAAAAAUAAGGUUAAUUAGAAACCAUGGAAUGUAUCAAAAACUAUGCUUAAUCAAAAAUUAU